AGGCGGAAGCGGCGGCAGCGCGUUCCGGUGCUGAGGUGGCACGCUGGGAGCGGUUUGGCGGCGGCGGGGCUGGCGGGGGCUCCUCGGCAGGUGAGAGCCGCCCCUCGGUGCUGACACCCCCGCCGUGCUGCAGUCUUGGUUCCUGCAACCUGUCAGUACUCAAGAGAUGAAAAGGAAUGGCAUGAAAGACCUGUGUGUGACAGCUCUACCUUGGAAACCUCACUACUGAACCAGCAGACUUAUGAGCUCCUUAGAGCACAAAGCAGGCUCAAGAUGCUGAGCCGAUUGUCAGGUUUUACAAAUACAGUUUUACAAGAGCCGUCCGGGGAGAAUCUAGAUGCAGUUACUGAACCCUCUGUUGCUGUACGAGCUUUGGAGUCAGAAGCAGAAAACAUGGAGGAGGCCCAUGAGAAGCUGUUGGAGCGCCUAGCCCAAACGGAAAAGCUAGUUGUUCAGCUGAAGGAUUUGAUUAGAGAAAAGGAUGCUCUGCUCCAGGAAAAGGACACWGUACUCAAGAAAGAACGAGAGGCUGCGGAUGUGAAGCUGAUGAAACUUAAACUUCAAGCCAAAGCCAAACUGGCCUCUCUGAACAAACGCAUUGAGGAGCUGACGGAGAAAGGAUCACCGCUGUCUACGCAGGCCUCGGCAGAAGAGCUGGAGUAUCCCAAGUGUAAGAAAAAUGAAAAUGCAAGUGAAGGGCACAGAAAGGAAGUGGAAGUACUGAAAGAGCAGCUCAGGGAGCAAGAGGAGACCAUUCAGGACCUGAAGAAACAGCUGGCUCUAGCCAAAGUGAAUCUGAAAGAUGCUGAAAUCAAGUAUGCAACACAGCUGAGCUCCCUGCAGGAAGUGAUUCAGGAGAAGGAUGCUCUCCUGGAAGAGCAUGUGCACCAGCAUCAAGCUGAAUUGCUCAAGAUGGUGGUCCAGUCAGAUCUGGAAGCAAUGAUGCAACAGAACGUAUGCACGCUCCAGAGAAAGCUUGAGGAGCGGGAAGCGGCUCUGUUAGGACAAACUCAGCUGGUAGAACUGCUGCAGCAGGAGUUACGCGCUGCUGAGAAACAAAACCAGAAACUCCUAGAUCAGUGCCAGAAGAAUGAAGUGGAUCUAGGCUCCUUGAGAGAUGUGCUGGAAGUGGAGAGACAGGGAUCUCRGGAUCUCAGGGAGAAGAUGGAGCUGGAAGUAGCUGAGAGGAAGCUGUCUUCCCAUUGCUUGCAGGUGGAGAUGCAGCAUCUCUCAGAACAGCUGGAGGAGGCAAGAAGAGCACAAGCUGAACUAGAGGAGAAGUAUAAAGACCUGGAACAGGAGCACAGGCUGGAGGUGGAAGAGAAAAGCCGACUGAUCGGUUGUCUUAAGGUGGCCGAGCAGGAGCUGCGAUGUGGCCAUGCCGCCCAUGGAGCUGAGAAGGACCAGCUGAAGCAGGAUGUUGGCCAGCUCUUGGUGCCAUCUGUGGAACAUGGAGCUACAACACGUGGACCACUGGAUCAACUUGUACAGAAAUCUGAAGAAUUUGUCUGCUGUCAGAAUGAGCUGAAAUCCCAGUCACAAAUSCAUGUCUCUGAAGUGAACCAGCAGUUUAAACAGGAUGAUUCAACUUCACAGGAAAAAAUAAUAGAUCAGGAAGACCAGAAUGAGGCUUCAUUCCUACCCACAGAAAACAUGGAAAGACAGAAGACAGAAGAAAUACCGCAUUUGCAACUUUUUCUCCAAGAGCCUCAGCAGGAAGCUGUGAUGGUGACAGAAGAUGCAAAACAGAAUAAGAAUGGUGCUGAGGCAAAAUUGCAAGACUCGAAGACUGUGGAAGCUCCAGCCUCUUAUGUAGACUGCUCUUCUGCUUCUGCAGGUAUGCCAGGAGAGCUGGUGAAUUCUGAAGUGCAAAAGCCUUUUGAUGACACCUUCUUGCUCUUCGAGGCAAGAACAGAUGAUUUUACCAAUGGAAGCAAGCAGUUUACUGAGGGAAGUUGUCCACCCGGAAUUCUAGAAUAUAUUGCUGCAGAGAAACAGAAAGAGUUGUCGGUUUUGCUGCUGGAACUGAAAGAAGCCCAAGAAGAAAUAACUUUCCUGAAAAGCCAGCUCAAGGGCCCUAGCAGCCGAACUUCUACAAGGAGCCAAACGGAAGCCAGCCAGCUGGAAGAGAAUUCACAGAUGCGGUAUCUGGAGAGGGACGAGCAGAAGGCUUCAGAUACACGGAGUGUCUCAUUACUGAGGCAAACAGAAAUGCAGCAAAUUGGCUUGCUUCAGGAAAACAGAAUCGGUCUCCAAGAAGAGUCUCAGGGAAGCCACGUCCCCUGCACAAGUAAGACGGAGGCAGUGCAAGAACUUUGUACAGCAGAUCCAGAGCCUGGGACCUCUCAAUCUCAAGAACUGAUAAAGUUAAAAAAACAAAUUACAGAAUUGCAAAUAAUUCUACAGAAAUCAGAAGAAUCAUUUAGGAAAGAUCUUGGAGAAAAAUGUGCAGAAAUAAAUAGGCUAAAGCAGUUGACUGAGGAAUACAGAAAAAAAGGAGAGGAUUCUGACAGUAGAUUUUGUGGUUUGGCCGAAGAACAAAAUCAGCUCUUGUGUCAGGUGAAAGAACUCUCUACCAUAACAGAACUGAAGGAGCAAGUGAAGCAACUGGAGGAGGAUCUAGCUCUUUCAGAAAAGCAGAGACUUGCGGACAGUCAAAGCAGUCUUCUAAGAGAGCAAGUCCAGAGCCUUAAAAAUGAAUUUAAAUCCAAGGAUAUGAAAAUUGAAGCUUUGCAAAAGGACUUGGAUGAAACGCAGCUUCAGCUUUCUGACCAGGCCAUGCAACUAAAGGAUCUGAGAAGCCAGGUUGAGACGAAGGAAUGUGAAGUACUUGAUCUAGAACAACUUUUGAGGAAGAAUACAGCAGAGAUGGAAGAGCUUUCCCACCAGUUAGCCUUGAAGGGACGUGAGGCAGCAAGCCUAGAACAGCUUGUUGCUGAGCACACCAAGUCUAUAAAGAGCCUGCAACAAGCCUUGCUGGAAAAGGACCAACAGAUGACAGAGAUCAGUGUUAGCAUGUCUGAGAAAAUGGUCCUGCUGAAUGAAGAGAAAUUUUCUCUAGGAAAUGAGCUGAAGAGUCUUAAGGAGCAGACAAGUCUCUUACUAAAAGCCCGGGACGAAAAAAAACAAAACAUAGGAAUAAAAGAUACAUGUCUGAAAUGUGGGGCAUCCGAGCAGCAAAAUGAGACAAAAGCAGUGAGUAAAGAAAAUGAGGAAUUAGUAAGUCAAGUUGAGCUUCUGAAUAAAGAAAAUGAGCAAGUAAAGCGGAAGCUGCAAGCAGCACUUGUGAACAGGAAGGAGCUUCUGAAGAAGGUUACCAAAUUGGAGAAUGAAUUAGAACAACUGAGUCGAGAACAAGAAUCAGAAACCUCAGUGGCUCGGGCAGCUACAGGGGAAGAAAAUGUGAGAAACGUGAUGAGCAAAGAAGUGAGUCUUGAAAACCAGCCCAGUGAGGACUAUCUAAUUCAGCUGCUUUCUGAAAAGGAAUCAGAGUUGCAGAGCAUCCGGCAGGACCUGCAGGAUAAAGAAACUACUGAAGCGCGACUGCAGGCAGUGAUUGAGGAAAUGAGGCAAAGCUUGCAAGGCAAGGCAAACACUAUUUCAGUUAAAGAUGAAAUCAUGGAGCAUCAGACAAUUCCUGACAACAUAGCUGAAACCAAUGAAAGCCCAGAAUAUGAUAAAGAAAAUGAAAAAUAUAGUACAGCAAGUACAAAUCUGGAAGAAAACCAAAACGCUGCUCUUAAGGAAAGGAUUUCAAUUCUUGAACAAGAAAAAGAACAACUUCAAAAAAAACUUCAGGAAGCUCUGGUAUCUCGCAAAGACACUAUAAAAAAGGCUCAGGAAAAAGACAGGCAUCACAGAGAACAACUGAAACAGCAGAAAGAUGAUUACAGCAUCCUGCAAGAGCAAUUUGAUCAGCAAAGCAAAGAGAAGGACAGCCUCCAAGCUCAGCUCAGACAGCUCCAAGAACAGAAAGGAUCAGCAGAGACUGGUUUUGGGAGUCAGGUGAGGUUGGAUUCUUCAUGCGUGGAAACAGAAGAUAGAACAAAUAACAAGCUUGUACAAGUUGCAGAUGUUUCUGAGGAAGAGUUGAAGAAACACCUCGAUAAAUUGCAGAUGGAGAAAGAGAAAUUGGAAUGUAACAUCAGCCAUUUGCGAAGGGAACUUGCUCACAAAUCAGAAUUAGUCUUUGAUUUGCAACAGCACAUAGCACAGUUGUUUGUGGAGAUAGAAGGGCUAAAGAAAACCUCUGACCAAGCUGAAGCUAAGGGAGCAAGUCUUCAGGCAGAAUUGGAGGAGAGUCAAGGAGAAAUUUCUGGAGUGACCGGUCUGGAAGACUUGAAAAUCCUUGUACACCAGAAGGAUGAAGAAAUUAAAUUUCUCAGCCAGCAGUUAAAGGAGAAAAGUGAAGCUCUCAGUAAUGUGCAGACACAAUUGCUGGGAAAAGAGGACUCAGUGAAAACACUGUGUAGUCAGUUGGAAGCUCAGGCUCAGGUGCAUGAGGAACAAAACAAGCGACUGCACAGAGAGUUGCUUGAAAUUCAGGAGAAGCAAGAGGACAAUGCAGAAGCAGCUAAACAGAAGAAUCAAAUGCAGAGGAAGUUGCAAGCUGCACUUAUCUCUAGAAAAGAGGCACUAAAGGAGAGUAAAUCUCUAAAAGAGGAGCUGGCUAAUGCUAAAACUACUAUUGACAAUCUUUCUGUCAGGCUGACAGAUAUGGAAAGCCAAAUAUGUGGCCAUGUUAAAGAAACAGAUAUCUUAACAGAAAAGUUAGCGUGCCUCACUGGAGAGCGAGAAAAACUUAUUGCAGAAGUUGAUAAAUUACUUACAGAAAAUCAGAAUCUUGAUGGAUGCCAUAAAAACCUUACACUUGCUCUGGACAGAGCUGUUAUAGAGAAAGAGAAGCUGGAGAAGGAGGUGGAAUCACUGAAAUGCUUUCAAGCCACUGAGAGUUCUGAGUGGCAGGAGAAAUACAAGGAGCUUCAGGGAGAAUAUGAAACUCUGCUGCAGUCGUACGAGAAUGUGAGUGACGAGGCUGAGCGAAUUCAACGUGUGUUGGAAACUGUUAGACAGGAAAAGCAGGAAAUUUUCAUUCAGCUAAAGAGUGCUGAGGCAAAAAAAGAGGAAACAGAUAAGCAGCUACAGGAAGCUGGACAGGAAAUUGAUGGAAUGAAGGAGAAAAUGAGGAAAUUUGCAAAAUCAAAGCAACAAAAGAUCCUGGAACUAGAGGAGGAGAAUGAGAAGCUUAGAGCAGAGAUGCAUUUUGCAGAUGGAGAGCUACACAGGACUGGAGAGACCUUGACAAGCACUAGCCUGAAAGAAGAUCUGGAGUGCUCUAGGAGGGAAUGUCAGUCUCUUUUUACUCAGCUUGAGACAGUAAUGGCUGAAAAGGAGUCUCUUAAUCAAGAGAUCACGGACUUGAAGUAUCUUUUGCAGUUAACAGAAUUUAAGCUGAAGGAAAGUAGUGAACUUGAAGACCAGAAGACAACAGGGGAAGGAACAUAUGAAGCGGUUGCCACAGCACCACCAAUGGAAAGAUCUGAAAAUCGAGUGGAYGUAAUUUUUGGACCAGAGUGUCCUGCUGCAGAGCUGGACCGAGAGGCAUUAGAAAGUGAUAGACCUUAUGAGGAUUCUCGUAUCUACAGACAGCAAAUAGCUGAGCUCACCAAACGAGUUACGGAGCUGGAAGAUAAUAGAAGGGCUUCAGAGCAACAGCUGGAUGACAUCCGUGUGCAUGUCGAGACUUUAGCAGCUGAGAAAAGUGCUUUAGAGCACCAAAUGGAAGAGAAAGUCCAUGAAGUGAAUGCUCUGCAGGCUACAGUAGCAAAGAUGGAGCAAACAGUCCAAAAGACCAAAGACGACCUGGUGAGAAUGACAGCGUUGAAGGAUGCACUAGAGGCUGAAAAGGAUGACUUGGAAGAAAGGCUCAUGAAUCAGCUGGCAGAGCUUAAUGGGAGUAUUGGAAACUAUCAGCAAGAUGCAACAGACUUCCAAAUCAAAAAUGAUCAACUGAAACAUGAGAUUCAGAGUUUGCAGAGAAUGAUGCACAAACUGGAGGAGGAGAAAAGUCAGCUGGCAAAGGAGAAAAGCAGAGCAAGUUCAGAAAAGCAAAAGGAAUCUGUAGAAAAGCCAAAAUGCAAUUGGAGAGGAGAAAGCAGCACACAGGUAAAGGAGCUUCAAGAACUGCUGAAACAGAAACAGCAGGAGAUUAAGCAGCUGCAGACGGACUGUAUUAAAAGCCAGGAAAAGAACAGUAGUUUAGAAAGAACUGUUAAAGCUCUGGAAUUUCUGCAGAGUGAGACUCAGAAGGAGGUAGAAGCAGCCAGGAAAACUUCAGCUGAAGCAGUUGAAGACACCAAGAAAGCCCAGGCAGAGCUUGCUCACUGCAGAGUAGUGUUGGAUGAUACUCAGAGUGAGGCAGCAAGGAUUCUAGCUGAGAGUGUCAAAGUAAAAGAAGAGUUGCAAGCAAACAAAGAGAAAACUAAAAAUCAAAUGAAGAAAAGGGAUGAGGACUUUGAGAGAAGACUGGAACAGGAAAAAGACAAGCACUCAAAGGAAAUCAAAACCAUGGAAGAAAAGCUGGCGAUGUUGCAGAGAGAGAAAGACUGUAUGGAAACAACAGUUGGUGAUCUGCAAGACACCUUGAAGACGAAGGAUCAAGAAGCCAAGCAACUGGAAGGCAGUCUAAACAAAACACUAGCCCAGCUCGCAGCCUUCACCAGGAGCAUGUCUUCCCUUCAGGACGAUAGAGAUAGAGUGAUAGAUGAAUCAAAAACAUGGGAGAAGAAAUUCGCUGAAGCUAUUCAAAAGAAGGAAGAAGAAAUACGUUCAAAAGAGGAAACCUGUGUUGUGCUGAAGGACCAGAUGAAAUGCAUGACCGUGCGUGUGGAAGAACUCCAGACUCAUAUAUCCAGGCUGGAAUGUGACAAGAAAGACUGGGAGGCAGACUGCAGGAAGGAAAUUCAGCACCAUCAAAAAACAUGUGAAAUGUUGCAGGAGGAAAAAAAAGAGCUUUUGAGUCAGCUUGAGGGCUCUCGGGAACUUUACAGCAAGUCUCAGAAUAAACAGCAGGAACUGGAGUCAGAAAUCAACAGCCUGAGAGACCAGCUUGCUGACUUAGAGAACUCUCUCACCAAAUGUGAGCUAGCCAGGGAAGAGCUGGGAACUGUGGUCAAGCAACAAGAGACCAGUGUGCAGAAUUUUAAACUCAACUGUGAACAGCUUGAAGCUGAUUUGCAGGCUUCCAGGGACCUAACAAAUAAGCUGCAUGAAGAAACUAGUGCCAAAGAUCAAAAGAUCAUGAGCUUGCUGUCUGCCAAAGAGGAAGCAGUGAUGGCUGCUCUAGCUGAACUACAGCAGCAACAUUCUGAAGAGAUGAAAGAGUUGGAGUGCAGGCUAAGUAAGGAGGAAGAAGAUAAAAAAGCCUUGGAAAAUGAGAAGAACAAAUUUCUUGACAAACUGGAUUAUCUCACUGAAAAGAUGAAGAUAAGCAGAGAAGAAAGUAAGAAGCAAAAGACACAACUGGACUCCUUCACCAAGUCCAUGUCAUCUCUGCAGGACGACCGAGACCGCAUACUGAGGGACUACAAGCAGCUUGAGGAACGCCAUCUUGUUAUAAUGUUGGAAAAAGACCAGCUAAUUCAAGAGGCUGCUGCAGAAAACAACAAGCUCAAGGAAGAAAUGAGAAGUUUCCACGGCCAGAUGGAUGACCUCAACUCUGAGAAUGCCAAGCUGAAUGCAGAGUUGGUGCGGUACAGAGAAGACCUUAACCAAGUGAUUUCCAUAAAGGAUUCCCAACAGAAGCAACUUCUCAAAAUACAACUGCAGCAGAUCCAAACUCUGGAAAAUGACAAGGCAACUGUAGAAAUACAGCUGAAAGAGUCUGAGCGUACUCAGGAUGAUCUCAGGAAAUGCAUGGAAGCCUUGAGAGAAGAUAAAGUCAGUAUGUCUCAAGAGAUUGAAAGCCUUAUGUCCUCUCUGUCCCAGAUGCAAAGUGAGGUGGCAGCAUUACAUGAGGGGAGUCCCAUUGUGGAGUGUCAAGUAGAACUGAAGGCCCGAGAGGAAGAGGUACAAGAACUGAGUCACAAGCUUUCCCUCUCCCAGAAAAGAAUAGCAGAACUUGAGGGAGAGCUGGAAUGUGUUCAAAGGGAUGCAGCCAAGAGAGUGGGAGAGGCUGAGGAUAGGCUUCGGAAGGAAUUGAAGCACCUGCAUCAUGAUGCAGGGAUAAUGAGGAAUGAAACUGAGACAGCAGAAGAGAGAGUAGCAGAGUUGGCACGGGACUUGAUGGAAAUGGAACAGAAAUUGCUUGCAGUCACAGUUGAAAACAAAGAUCUCAGAGCUCAAAUUCAGUCUUUUGGGAGGUCCAUGAGUUCUCUUCAGGAUAGCCGAGACCAGGCCAAUGAAGAGCUUCAUGUUUUGAAACAGAAAUACACUGCAGACUUAGAGGAACAAAAAAGUCUAGUGCAGAAUCUUCAGAAACAGAUGGCUCAGCUACAAGAGGAGCAACAUUCCACUGCCAGGGAUCGAGAUACAAUGAAGUCUGAGCUGACAGAACUGCAGAGGGCCACUGAAGAAAGAGGUCUCUUGGCCCAGAUUGAGAAACUUAAUCAGCAGGUCAGAGUUAAAGAUGAUGAGCUUCUCCGUUUGUCUUUGGAACUGGAAGGCUCUUCCAACCAAGUCAAAUCUUUUUCCAAGGCUAUGGCAAGCCUGCAGWAUGAGCGAGACCAUCUGCUGAAUGAAUUGGACAAAACACGUAAGAUUGAAAAAGCGGAACGGCAAGCAGAAGGGAGCACUUCCACCACUUCUUCGGAAGUUCAAAGUCUGAAGAAGGCACUGUCCUCCUUGCAGAGUGACAGAGACAGAGUAGUGAGAGAGCUGAAGAAUCUGCAGCAGCAAUACAUCCUGGUCGGAGUGGAAGCCGCUGAGAAUUCUCGCUUAAAGGCACAACUGCAGGCRUGGGAGCAAGAGGCAGACAAACACCUCCGUCUGCAGGAACAACUGAAGCAGGAAGGAGCUGUGUACCAGCAGGAGCUGCAGCAGCUCAGACAGGAGAAGACCACCUGGGAAAAGCAGAGCAGCAGCAUGAAGGAGCAGUACCUGAUGGCCAUAGCAGAGAAGGACAACCAGCUGAGUCAUUUACAAAGGAUCACACAGGAAAUGAGGCUGCCCUUUAGCAAGUCUCAGACCAUAGAGGAACAGCACCAAAGCAAGUUUUCUCCAGAAAUCCUGAAAGGGGACUUUUCGAGCCUAGAAACAGAGAUGAAACACCUCCAAACCCAGCUAAGUGAUAGUCUGAAAGAAUUGCACCAGAAAGAGCUCAGAAUUCAGCAGCUGAACAACAAGCUAUCGCAGGUCUUUGAGGAGAAAAACGCCCUCUCCCUCCAGCUGCGUGGGAGCAGUCGGAGCACCUGUGUGAACCAUCAGCACUACACUGAGGUCCUGAACCGCUGCCUAGAGCUUGAGAGGCAGCUCCAGGAGCUGCAGGCUGUAGACAAGAGCAUGGAGCUCUUUGCGACAGAUGCUGCUCCGGGAGCACCCCAAGAAAAGAAUGAGCCGCAGAGAGGCAGUUACACACCUGAACUGCAGGAGCUGCAGCUGAGGUUGUCUGAAACAGAACACUUACAUAGCAGCACAAAGCAGGAUAUGAAGUAUUUGGAGGAGCAGCUGGAGGAAGAGCAUGAUCGUCGUCUUGCUGCAGAGGAGGCGCUUUUUGCGGCACAGGAUCAGAUCAGGAGGUUGCAGUCAAGUGAGUGGGCGUCUCCCCUAAGUGCCAGCAUUGAUAUGACUCCAGGUCAUGAGCAGUCCUUGCUGAUCGACUCCAUGGAUAAUAAUUCCAGCAGAACACGGAAUGCUUUUGGACUACGACGCCUGUUACGCUCUCUCUUCCGCUCCCGGACCCACUUGCCUCUGCUAGUGGCCAUGUAUCUGCUUGCUCUCCAUGUCCUGCUCUUCCUGUGCUUUACAGGCCACCUGUGAGCAGGAGUGACAGCUUUUUAUCGAGCCUGGGCCCUGUGCGUGUCAAGGGCUGGCAGGCCCUUGUAGAAGGGCAGCAUUUCUCCCAGCUGCCUUCUUUCCCAAAKCAGCCCUGAAGCAGCAGCUGCACUCAGCACCUGGGUGCUGCUAUCAGAGUCGGCGCUGGUGCUGGGGAGCUGUUCCCGGGAGACCUGCCAUUCCCUUGGUGUUUCUACAUGAGUGGUUUGUUUUCUGAGCCAGGGUUGUGCUGCAUGCCUCAAGGACAGCAUCUGUUCCUGUACCUGGGAGUAGUACCAUUCAUUUUAAAUAGUAUCAUGCUGCUGUAGGAAUAAGAAAAAUUCUCUUGAGUGGCUGCAGUACUUCGGCACUUCUGAAACUGCAGAAUCUUCUUCCUCUUAGGUUGAAUCCAUGAGUGGGGUUGGGAGAACACUGUAGGUGGAUCUAAGAAAAAGAAUUGUCUUCCUUUUCUUCCACCCUUCAGAUUUGCUCCGUGGCUCAGUGCUGUCUGAAAUGCAUAUCCUAAGGAAGUGAUGGGCACUUUAAGGAAUGUGAAUCUUAAAAUCGUGUUUUCUGGUCAGUUGCACUGCCUGUUGAAGAAAGGCCAAGAUUAGUGUAUCUGGCCCUGGUGAGCAUUCCAUUUGGAAUCAGUCAUAUCUCUGCCCUGACAAGCCUGCAAAAUAAUGCCAGUACUUUCGUUAUUUAAAAGGAAUAGGAAACAUGAAACUUAUUAGCUCUUAAGUUUAAAACCUUCUUAUUUAUAGCAUUUGUGCACCUCUCGUGGUGGAAGGUGCUGCCCUACCUCUAGAAAUGAGAGCAGUCCUGCUCCUGCCUUUUCAUCCACUGAACACUUGUCAUGAGACUGAACCUGCACUGGCUGUGUUGAAGGGGUCCAUAAUGUGCUUUGUGGGCCCAAAGCAAAGGCAGAAACUCCGGAAAUAAUGUGCUGAGGAAGGGUCCAGAGUUCUGAAAACUUCUGGUGUCUGUAGAAAGCUGCUGCUGGUGUUUGGAUAUGUUUGGACCCAAAUCAAAUGAUGCAAAUGGAGUGAAUCUUUUAGAAUAUAUGGAAAUAUGGAUGUAUUUCCAUAUGUUUUCUAAAGACCUCCUGAAUUUGAGCCUGCCCUCUUCCAAAAGUAGAAUGUUGAAUGCAAAGGAAGUUGCAGUCACAUUCACUGUCAGAUCCUGAGUGGUUGUUUCAUUCAGAGUACGAGCCAGGAGAAUUGUAUCUGCCUCUUAGUACUAAGAGUACUAACAGUUGCAUUUUUCCCAUGGGAAAGAGGUAGUUCUUUUAAUAUUGCUGGUAAAUUAAGCUGCUCUUGCCAGUGCAAAAAGCAUGUUUGAGGAUUGAUUUCACUGGUAGCUAAACCAGCUGGAUCUCUGGCAGGUCCAGAGCACUGGCACUAUAUAUCUAUUUCUAUACUGUCCAUGUUUAUCAGCGUGAACUUCCUCCAGCUACAUAAAAUUCAGUGACCAAAUAGUUUGUCUAUAGCUUCCUGAGGUAUGAGCUCCUGUAUGUAUAAUAAAGUUUAUUUUUCAG